AUGCUCAAGACAUUCUGUGAUGAUCAUUUGAUGUGCUCUUUUGCCGAUCGCUCGAACCGCUCCUGUACCGGCACACGACUAUCUCAUGGAAUGGAACACCGCACCUCAGACGGCAAGACCAUCGGAUCAGGUCAGUACACCACUAGCAUUACUGCAAACUCGUACCUACCGCAAUGGAUCGUUUUUCUCAAAAGGAAAUUGGACAUGUACGAAGAGGAAUACUUGGAAGCCGUAGGAGAGGAACCGAAGAUAUCUACCAGGAUACUUGCCAGCGACUUGCAUAUCGACCAAUUAAAUUACUGCUUCAAGAAGCUGGGGACAGCUAGGCCUUUUAUCAGUCAUGCGAGUUGCUUUGGAUGUCUGGUCAAUAUACCACUGCACCCUCUUCCAUGCGGACAUGUGCUUUGCGAUGCCUGUGUUCGAGACUGCGGGACGAGAGGUCAUGGCAGGUUAAAACUGAAAUACUGCCCGCUACACGUGGAUAUGGACAAUGACUUUGAGCCGCCAUGGGAGGUCACUUCUAAACCCGAUCACGUGGGUGUACGAAUACUGUCCCUCGACGGAGGUGGUAUGCGAGGAAUCAUGGAGCUGGAAGUCCUACGGGCCAUCGAGAAAGCUCUGGGAGGUAGCAUACGCAUCCAAUCAUUCUUUGAUCUGAUCGUUGGCACAAGCACAGGAGGCAUCAACGCUCUGGCCCUAGGAGCAAAGCAAUGGUCCGUCCGCUAUUGCAUUGAGAUGUUUGAGAAGUUCUGUGAUCGAGCAUUUACCGAGCGCGAGUUUGGAGGUCUCGCCUUGCAUGGCAGCAAGUACAAAACAACACCUCUUCACGAUGUUCUACGAAAGACGCUAGGUCGAAACCCUCUAUUUGGCGCCAACGACACUCUGAACGCUUUUGAGACCAAAGUCGCUGUAACGACUACCUCUGCUGAUGGAAAUGAGGCAAUGAUACUGGCCAACUACAACCGUUCGAGAAGCCCAGGAGACAGGCAAACCUUUGUCAGACCCGAGGAUCCUGCAGACGAACUCGAAGUCUGGGAGGCAGCUGCAGCUACCUCGGCGGCGCCAAUAUACUUCAAACCAUAUACACACGCAAAGACAAGGAUGAGCUACAUCGACGGAGGACUCUAUCACAACAACCCGGUCCAUGUUGCGAACAGAGAGCGAAAACUCCUAUGGCCCGAGAUUGCGGACAAGCACCCUGAUAUGCUACUUUCCAUCGGCACAGGCCAGAACACAUUCGAAACACGAGAGAAACUGGCACGACGUUCGUCAAGUCCCAAGGAUGGCGACAAGUCGAAAGGUAUUCGCCGUACACUUGAAGCCUUGUAUCAACGAUUCGACAACAUUCUCGACGCUGAACACACCUGGGCUGAAUUCGAAGCCGACAUCAACAAUCGGAACACUGAGUUUCCAAGCCCUUACAUACGCUUCAACCUGGACCUCAAGAAGAAGCUCCCUCCUUUCGAUGCCAAAGACAAGUUCAGGGAAUUCCAGGCUGAUGUCAAACAACGACUCAAAGACUCUGAUGUGGUUGAGAUGACGAGAGAUAUCGCUUGCUCUCUCGUAGCGAGCUCCUUCUACUUUGAGCUGACCGAGACGACACAACAACAACGAGGUAGAUGCUACACGUGUGUAGGCUACGUUUGCUGCAAAUUCGAGGAAGGCUCGUCCAACCUCAAAGCACUUGGAGACUUCCUACAGAAGCAUCAAGCUCACAGAUCAAGCGAUCUCGCAACUAGUCACUUGUGGUAUGCUGCGUAUACCUCGCAUUAG